ACAUAAAAAACUCCAAGGAGCCUAUCUGUGUGAGGAGAAAAUUCUUAUUUUCCCAUUGCAGUGUCCAAACAGGAAAAAAUCGCCUGAAAAACAUCGUAAUAUUAUCAAGAAACUGAUUUCUCGGUGCAAGGUACUGGAAUAACCACCCGAGGAGUCCUUUCUGUGCGUGUGUUUCAUAAAAUGGGAAUCUCAAGCAAUAGCAGUAGUGAUGAUUGUAAUUGUUUUGAACGAAGCAGCAGUGAAUCGAUAGAAUGCAUUGAUCAUCAUCGCAAACGAGGAUCAUUUGUGGAGUAAACUGCAAACUAUAUGUUUUUGUGUUGUGUUUAUGUUCUGUUGUGCUGUAAACUCGGUGAUAUAUCGAGCGAAAAUGAUUUUUCUUGAAUCAGGAGUUGGUUAGUGACUGAAACGUACGAUUCUGUGGAAGUUCAAAAGGUGGUGAAAAAAUGGCAAAAAAUAUGUAUACGCGAUUGUACUCAAAACGCAUUCGCGUUUCUGCGGGAGAAUAUUGUGCGAAUCAAUAGAUUAGAGGAAAAAAUAACUUGCUCGUUAAUAUUACUGGAAAAGUAUCGGGUGAAAGGGUUCGACCAGAAAAUAUAGGUGUAUUUGGCAAAGAAAUUUCAGCUUGUGAAGUUUCAAAAAAAAUAGUGGAAAACACUCAAGGUAAACAUUGUGUAGUGAGAUGGCAGCACCGACGCAAACGUAAGGUUGUUGUCAAAACUACGACAAGUGUCAUCUGCCGAGGGCGCCAAGAAUUAAUAGCUUUUUGACGUCUCGUAGUGUACUAUAGAAAGGAUUGUGUAUAUAACAGGAACAUAAGGAUUUGCAUAGACGAUACGCACGACCCCAUACAGAGUAAUAAUGAUAGUUUUGAUUUCUGCAAAUAAGUGUGAAUCAAAAAAAACGUCGUUGUCAUAUUCAGCUACUUACUCUCUUGUAAUAAUCAAUAGAAUCACCCACAAACAACAAGACACAUAGAGAUACAUCUGAGCACUGGAAAGCAGUGUGGCAGUAGCGCAUAAUUUCGCUUGUGCUUAAGGAAUAAAAUUCGUUAUAUAUUGCGCGGCUCAGUUUCCAAAACUGACAACCACACCACCAAAUUCAGCUGGAUAUUCGCGCGGACUAUACAUAUUCGGGCAUUUGAUUGCCCGUCCCCCCUCUCUGCACAGUGGCCAAAAUCAUCCAACAACUAUUCACGUCGUUAACAAAGUAUGUCGCAGAAAGGCCAGAAGCGAUCGAACCGUGCCGAAAAUGAUGGACCACCGCCGAUCAAGAAGCGCAAGGGACGCCCAGCGGUCUCAUCGAUGGAGGACGAUAACUCGCUUACGUCGAACACCGGGGGUCCGACAACUCCAACCAAGAACUGGCAGCCGCGGGCGGUCAUCGAUCUCAAGAUGUCCAGCAUCUACAACCGUUCUGCACCGGAAGCACCGGCUGAAUUGUUUAGGAAAGAUCUUAUCAGUGCCAUGAAGCUACCCGACUCGGAACCACUGGCAGCCGAUGAAUACUGGGUCAUCAACGACCAAUGGAAGCAGGAAUGGGAACGAGGCGUGCAGGUUCCCGUGAAUCCCGAUUCGUUACCAGAACCAUCUGUGUCUAUUUUGUUAGAGAAUCACUAUAAAAAACGACAAGAUUUUAAGCUCCCAAAAAAUAAAUAUAUUCGGAUAACAAAGGAUGAAACAUUCUCCCACGAUCAACACUAUCUAUCGAACACACCAGCUGUCUCGGAACAGGUUUGCUACUAUGAUCUCGACCAGUGUGACGAAGCAUGGCUGAAGGUAUUCAACGGAGAGCGGAAUCUAGCUGGACUGGUGCCAGUGACCGACGAGCAGUUCGAAAGAGUCGUUGAGGAACUUGAGGUCCGGUGUUGGGACAAAAUCCAAGCAAUCAUGAAGAGCGAAGAAGGCCUCGGCAUUGAGUACGAUGAGAAUGUAAUUUGUGAUGUGUGUCGUUCGCCGGACUCGGAGGAAGCGAACGAGAUGGUGUUCUGUGAUAAUUGCAAUAUUUGUGUACAUCAGGCUUGCUAUGGGAUUACGAAUAUACCGUCUGGUCAGUGGAUGUGUCGAACAUGUUCAAUGGGACAGAAGCCGGACUGUGUGCUGUGUCCGAACAAAGGUGGUGCAAUGAAAUCAACACGUUCCGGCCAGAAGUGGGCGCAUGUCUCGUGCGCCCUGUGGAUACCCGAGGUCAGUAUUGGCUCCGUUGAUCGGAUGGAACCCAUCACAAAGAUAUCCAGUAUACCGGCGAGCCGAUGGGCAUUGAUCUGUGUGCUCUGUCGGGAACGAGUUGGCGCUUGCAUUCAGUGUUCGGUGAAGACCUGCAAGACAGCGUACCAUGUGACGUGCGCUUUCCAACAUGGACUGGAGAUGCGAGCGAUAAUCGAGGACGAGAAUGCCGAGGACGGAGUGAAGCUUCGGUCCUACUGUCAGAAGCACGGUGUUCACAAAGGUAAACGUGAUAAUAAGAAUUCCAACAAUAACGCGGGUUCGGCUUCUGACGAGGAUGCUGGAACUACGGGCGAGAUCAAACGAAAGAAGCGUAAAGACAUGACGUCCGAGGAACGUAAUCAAGCUAGGGCGCAGCGCAUGCAAGAAAUUGAGGCCGAGUUCGAUAAACAUGUCAGUGUUAAAGAUAUUAGUUGUCAUUUAUUAGAUGUUGAUCAGGAAGCUAUUCCUUACAUUUAUAACUAUUGGGUAUUAAAGCGCAAAUCCGGUCACAAUCGUCCCCUGUUACCGCCCAAGUCCGAUGAUGUGGACAUGGUGGCUCAGAACCAGGAACAGGCGGAUGAUCUGGAGAAGAUGAAGAUGUUUGUCCAUCUGCGGCAGGAUCUCGAGCGCGUUCGUAAUCUUUGCUACAUGGUCAGUCGACGGGAGAAGCUGUCCCGGUCAUUCUUUCGCAUGCGUGAACAGACAUUUCACAAACAAAUCGCCGCCCUCAGUCAGCGAGCCAACGAUAGGAAACCUUUAGACGAAUCUGCAAUCGAUGUAAUUAUGCAAGCGAACCAUGGUCCUACGAUAUAUGAUAGACUAUAUUCAAGUGAUUCCGUUAGUAAUAGGGCAGUAAUGAGUUUAGAGGACAUGUUGAAUUGCAUAACCGGUGUAAGUAUUACCAGUUCCGGUACAGGUAGCUGUAGCACUAAGGUGAACAGCCGCAAGCAGCAGCAGCAACAGGACAAAGAGGAAAGCACUGGCCACGGUAACAAGAAACUCCCUGACAUAAAUGGAAUAAACAAGUCCACAAACCAACGGUCAGGUGCAAAUAAACUACAGGAUGGUUCUCACAAACGGACAUAUGUUAACGGUGCGACGGCGCGACGAAGUGUCAGUGAUAUUUCCAGCGAGAGCGAUAGUCAUUCGAGGCGAAAUGUCAGCACCAGCGCAAGUUCGGCGGAAGAGGAUAUCGUUAAGAAAAGUUCUCCUCCGGCGCCGAAGAAGAAAGCCCGCCAAUCGAAAGCCGCGGAUCGUAAACGAAGAAAAAUCAGUUCUUCCGCGGAGAAGAAUCGGAGUAACUCGAUGGAAAGCUCGAGCGAUGAUGAGCCUAACGAUCGACUCAAGGGUGGCGCACCUAGUGGUGGUGUCGAAGCACAAUCAAAGAAAGGAGGGAAUCAAUCACGCAAUCAAUCCCUGCGGCAGAUGGAACGCGAGUUAGUGGACGAUCGCAUGCAUUUAUCUGAUUCGAACGACAGUGACGAGAUUGUACCCAUUAUGUCACGCGCCAUCAAUCAGACCGGUGGUGCGCCAUGUGCGUAUACCAACAAGAAAAUGAUGCACAUCUACUCCGACUCGGAUAGUACCGAUAAGGAUAAGACUGAUAAUACAGCAAGUGACUCUCAGCAGCAUCCCUUCCGUACCAAAGCAGCGAUGAAAGAAUUUAAUUUGGCCGAAGCUGACAGGCUUAAGCAGAAAUCAUCGGCGUUACCAAUGAAACCGGUCAAAUCGGUAACGAAUGUGACGCCCUCUGUUCAUGAUACACCUCCUCUCGUUGCUCCGGCGAAAGAUGAGCCGAAGAAGUCGUCUCCUGAGCAAGCCGCCUCCGGCGCUGUGAAUAGUAGCUGCAGCAGUGGUUAUGCGUCAUCGAAUAAAACAUGCAAAGAUGCUGCUGCUAGUGCGACGAUGGGCAGAAGAAAGUCGGAAAAAGAAAACACGAAACAACUGAACAAGAAAGAAUUGGUAGAUUUUCUUGUGGUGCCCCAGCGCGAGGCAGCGAAGAAAGCAUCGGAGAAUUUAAUGAAAACAAACGUUAUCCCACCAGUGCAAUCAUCUUCCACGCAGGGCAGUACGAACGGGAGCCAACCUUCCACGGCAAGAAAAGACUUCAAAGAAGGACGAGAGGCGGUAUCGAGUAGCAGUAGUAGUAGCAGCAGUAGCAGUAGUUCCAGCAGUAGCAGCAGUAGCAGCAGUGGCAGCACAAGCUCAAUCAGUAGCACCGGAAGCAACAGCAGUACCCACAGUAGUACCAGCAGUGGCAUCAGCACAGGCAGCGGCACAAAAGAUGCUGAGUCUAAAGCUCUGGCAAGUAAUAAUAGGCAUACCACCAAGGAGGUGGUCGUGGAAUCACAGACACAGAAAGUGACAGCAACUGCUGCCAGAAGAAGCAAUAACAAAGCGACUAAACAAUCUCAGCAUGCGGCGGAACAUGCACUCAAGCCAUUCGCUGAUAAAGACCGUCAAACGGAGCCGGAUAAACGAGACAAAACGAUCGGAUCCAAGGAUCGGUUAGCUUCCAAAGACGCAGAUGCAGACAAAGACAAGGUGACUGUCGAUAAAUCUCAGCAAAAUCGUGAAAGUGCGAAAGAACCAUCGCUGCUUGAUAUGUUGGCAUAUGUUCCUCAGCGACAAGCAGCCAAGAAGGCAGCUGAACACAUCAAAAGUGGCAUGGGAAAACCUGCGGAAGUACCACCAGUUCCACCAGCAGCAGCAGCGUCGUUUACUGCCGUAAUAGAAGAUCGUGCCACAAAAGCUUCAGCCAAAACCGAUAAGCCGAUAUUGCCCAUGCCGUCAACAGUGGUUAAUCGCAAAGAUGAAAAGAAAACAUCUACCCCUUCGAGCAGUUCCAGCUCGGAAACAAGUUCCUCAUCCUGUUCUAGCUCUAGCAGCUCUGAUUCGGAUAGCGAAGAGGAGGAGGAAGAACAAACUGCUAGCAAAAAGACACCUGCCGAACCCUUAUCGAGUAAAGCUGCCGCAGCAGCGACAGCUGCGAAGAGUGCGUCAGCGUCACUUGCCAGCAAGGCGGCCCCGAAUGCCGCGCGGAAAACAGACCGUCAGAUGCCCUUUCUUGACAAGAGUAAAUCUUCCGGAUCUACUUCCAGUUCUUCCUCCUCUGAUAGCGAUUCCGAUUCUAGCAGCAGUCAGAGUGACGAUGAGCCGGGACGAUUACAAGCGACAGCAAAAGGUGAUCGCAGGAAAUCCCUGUCAACAAAACCCGAAACUACUAGUUCUAGGAAACAGGUUAGUCGAAAAGAGCAUGAGUCUGGUAAGAAAGCUGCUGCAGCCUCGCGUGCAUCUGAUAAGACUACAGCUGUGAACGCGAAAAGGGCACAAUCGCCACCAGCACCACUCGCUUCUACUAAAGUCACGAACGCUGCAACAGGCAAGCACCAAACUAAGACCACAGCAGCAUCGGAUGAACUGUCUCAACCACCAAGUGCCAGUUCCACGUCACCCGCGAAAUCUAUUACCGCCGCUGGAAAGGACAACAUGUGCAAUAAUCGAUCCCGCACCGAAGACUUAUUCAAACAGGUGGAUAGCGCUAAGACUGGUAGGAAAACAAUGCCCAGCAGGCGCAAUUCCUGUCUGGUGACUCCAAACGAAAUAAAACCUCCACCGGCGGCAGCAGCGUCAGACAUGGGUAACAACAAGUCGGUGCCAAUUCGAAGCCGGCGGAAGUCCGUUUUCGUGGACUUUGAUCGUGAGAAGAAAGAAAAGGAGCGUUUGGCGGCUCUGGCGGAAAAGACUAUCAAGGAAGCCCAGCAGCAACAACAGCAGAAGAAGAAGGCCGAGAAAGCGGCAGCCGAUGCCGCCGAAAAAGCGCUGGCUGCUGAAAAGGCCGCGGCCGCUGAGAAGGAGGCGGCUGCCAAAAAAGUGGCAGCAGAGAAGGAGGCGGCGGAGAAGGCAGCGGCGGAAAAGGCAGCUGCUGAGAAGGCAGCGGCGGAAAAGGCAGCUGCUGAAAAGGCGGCGGCUGAAAAGGCGGCGGCUGAAAAGGCGGCGGCGGAGAAGGCGGCUGCUGAAAAGGCAGCAGCUAAGAAAGCAGCGGCUGAGAAGGCAGCGGCUGAGAAGGCAGCGGCUGAGAAGGCAGCGGCUGAGAAGGCAGCGGCUGAGAAGGCAGCGGUUGAGAAGGCAGCGGCUGAGAAGGCAGCGGCUGAGAAGGUAGCGGCUGAAAAGGUAGCAGCAGAGAAGGCGGCAGCAGAGAAAGCUGCCGCUGAGAAGGCGGCAGCUAAGAAGGCAGCAGCUGAGAAGGCAGCGGCUGAAAAAGCAGCUGCGGAAAAGGCCGCGGCUGAAAAGGCUGCGGCUGAAAAGGCAGCAGCCGAAAAAGUAGCUGCCGAAAAGGCAGCAGAAGAAAAAGCUGCGGCAGAAAAGGAGGCGGCCGCAAAGAAAUCCAGCGUGGUUCAAACUGUUGUAAAGCUAUCUCAUAAACCCAGUCGUAGGGGGGAAUCCAAAUAUUCGACUUCGAGCGAAAGCGGUGGAGGACGUGGCGGCAGAGCUAAUACCAAUGCUAUUCUUAGAGAAAAGGAAGAUAUAAUACUCAUAGAUGAUUCUUCAUCGCGAAGUAGUACCAGAGAGAAGGAUUAUGAACCGAGAAUUCCAGUGGCCACAACGACGGACGUUGAGGAAGAGCACAAGAAGAAGGAGGAAAUAAACCUCUCCAAUGAAUUGGAAGGAAUUGUUAAGAAUCGUCUCAAAGACGAAAAGGCACAUGAGCAACAUGUGGCAUCCAUGGGAGGUGAUACUAGAACUAGGUUAGGAAGCAGUAGUAAUGAUAAAUACUCAAAGAGUUCGAACACAAGCGACAAAAUUAAACUUAGUGGUAGCGGUGAAUGCAUUGCUGAUUUCAAUUUACCAAACAAGAAUGAUGCUGUUGUGGAUUCGGCUAGUGAUAAUAAGUAUGAGCUUCCGUUACCGACCAUCUCCACUACGACGGAUGAGAAAAAGCAGAGACAACAACCCUGGAUGGUGGCUGCUGAUAGUAAAAAAGAUAUCGAAAUUAUUUCGCUUGUUGACGAUUCUAGAUCGAACGAUGGUCGCGAUGUGGUAAUCGUUGAAGAUGGAUCGAGUGACGCCAAAUUAGAGCAACCUUUGGAUUCGGUUGCUAAGGCUGAAGAUAGUAAGAACGAUAUUUCUGUAGGAGGAACCCCGCAUUUGCAGUCAGUGGAAAGCACGGAGAAUAAAAAUGUGCCAGCUGUUGACGACGAAAAGAAACAAUUCGAGCUUGAAUCGUUGGCAGCAGAAUCGAUUACUCCAGUCACCACAUCAUCAUCAUCGUUUCAGACACCGACGAACGUGGAAAACAUUCCAACUACUACCACUAACAGUAUGAGCAGCAUGAUGAACAAUUUCACUAGUAGCAACAAUACCAAUAAUAGCAAUAAUUCGGCCUCCAAAGAUUCCGGAUUGAACACGUCCAGUGGAAAUUUGUGUCAGUCGAUAUUCGACUUGUUAUUACCAACGGAAACCGAGUCUGUUACGGAUGAUACGUUCGGUUUGAAUCAGCCCCUAAAUUUUCCUUUCAUGGAGGAUUGCAAAGAGGAUACUCAGCGGGAAACGCUGAAUCUUGUCGAAAAGUUACGGCAAAAGUACAAGAAAGGUUCAGGAUCCGGCCAAGAACACAAGCAAGACGAAUCGAAGGAUUCGCGUUCCAGUAUAAUUUCACUGGAGGAUGAUGGUAAACUCUUCGACGCUGGUAGCCAAUCCACGGGCUUGAACUUCAACACCAGUGGUAAAGACAUUCCUGCGAUUGCACAAGUUCUCGAAAAAGGUAAACCAAUGGCCAACAACGAUAUGGAGUUCUUCAACAAGUACGGCUCCAACGAUGAUGUUGAGAAUUCGUUACAUCACAAUAAAAAGAAUCUGAAAGAAGGACACUUGGAUCAUCUCACCAGCAGACCUUCCGAUGAGAGGUGGGUACCUCCGUCAAUGCUACAGGAGCACAACCAGCAACAACAGCAGCAGCAGCAGCAGCAGCAGCAGCAGCAGCAACAACCUCCUCCUACUACAAUCAAUGAAAACCGUGCGGUACUUCAACAACAACAGCAGCAACAAACCCAACCGCCAAGUUGCAUGGAAGCCGUCGGUUUGCUCAAUAAUCAGUCUAGUACCAGUGGCCAAAAGCAACAACCCACACAUAUAAGUCCACAGGUGCCUGGAUUGUUUGAUAGCUUGGUUCAGCAGCAGCAGCAGCAGCCAAAUCAUCACCACCAAUCGCAGCAACACUCUCAUCUCAAUGACAUCAACCAAUUGCAAGGAUUGGACUUCAUGCAGACGAUCAAAAAUGUUGCAAGUCAAAAUGAAGCUACCUCACUCUUAUUUGAAAAUCUUCAGCAACAGCAGCAUUCACAGCAGCGCCGCUGGAAUGACAUGGUCACGAGCCAGAAAAAGCACGAGUGCUCCGUGAUGCAGGAAAAGGAGAAUAUGCUCCUCAAGCAACAGCAACACGAUAUGAACGCAAACAAUCAUCGCAACAAACUCAAUGAUCUCAACAACUUUAUGGACAUACAAAAUCAAUUGCCGCAACCACAAGCUCAGCAAUCGCAACCGCCGAAUAACAGCCUGAAUCCACUCGAGCAGUACAAUUUCAACGAAACGUCGCAGUAUCCUGGUGCGGUGGCACUGUUCCCACCUACCAAUGUGCAGGUUCCCUUCCCGUCGCCUGGUGCCGCGAUGUUUCCGCCAAAUUUUGCACCGAAUUAUCAAUCCGGUAAACAACAGCAACAAUCACAUCAUCCGAUGCUGCCGACUGCUGCUGCCGGUGGACAGCAACAACAGCAGCAGCAGCAACAGCAACAGCAACCUCCAUCUUUACAGCAACCUUCCGUACACGGUGGGAAGCCGGAUGAUAUGAUAGUUACUAACAGUUUGUGCGGUGCGACCUUCACCUCAUCAUCACACAACAUGGCUCUAACGGAAGCCAUCGUAUCGCCGCCCCCAACAUCACAACAGUCUCAACAGAAGCAACCAAUGACGCCCCAAAUGGCGGACAAUAUGGCCUCGCCAUUGGCUGCAAUGGUUUCCCCCAACAAUCAACAACAGCAACAGCCAACUCCGGAGCACAACUUCAUGAUGGGCCAGUCGCCAAUGAUGGGAGGAACACAAACUCCCCAAAGGCAACAGCGAACACCCCAGCAGGACAGCUCGAGCAUACUGCAAUCGUUGGAUCAAAACAGUGCCUCAAAGAAGUCUCCCACCAAAUCGUCUCGGUCUUCUUCGCGUAUACAGAACCAAAGCCAUGCGGAUACGGCGGUGGCGACAGCGGCGAGCCUAAAUCAAAUGAAGUCUCCCAACAUCAGCCCGGGCAAGAGCCCAAAGACGUUCGACCCAAAACAGCAGCAGCAGCAGCCGCAACCACCACAAUCUUCAGUUGCUGGCGGUGUGGGUAAGGCGUUGAAGCCGGAAGGUGGUGCCAAACGGGGGCCGCGUGGUCCACGAACCAACAGCCAGAGCCAGCGGGGUGGAGCGGCGGCGAAGAAUAAAAACGGAAGGCAAACCCGGGGUGGUCGUCAACAGAUUAGUUUCAUGCCGCAGCUGCCACAUAACGAUUACAACGAUUUUAUGGGCGGUACCAUACACAACAAGCUGAUUGGAACGGUAUACGAUCCGGACUUUGAUGACGAUCUGGCGUGUAACAGCAUGGAAAAACUGCGUGAUAUGCGCGAUCGACGUCGUUCGAUUGACUGUCGUAUCACAGAUUCGUUCCGAGCGUCACGUGAACCAUCUAAGUCACCCAAAUUCCCCGGAUUGAAUCUGUACUCAUCGCAAAAUAACACCCUAGCGGCGAAGCAGAAUCGGUCCUCAUUCACGCCAACGUCCAUGCAGUCGGGGCUGGGUUCGGGUAUGGUUUCGGGUGCGGAAAUCAGUGUAACGCAAGCGAACGUUUCGAAUAGUUUGCAGGACAUGGUACAAACCGUUCUGCCGGGCCCAGUUGACAUGAGAACGUACAACAGUGGUUUCGAUACAUCUACCAACACGGAUGCGUACAAUAAUCAUUUGCUGGGGGCAUUCGCGAGUGGGACCGCCGAUCAAACGCUGGCCGAUAUCGACGAAGACAUGGAGAAUGAGUUGCAAUCGGCGCUGAAAGCUAGCAACAGCAAAAUGGGUACGACUCCUCCUGCCUCUAUCGCGCUCGCGCAAGUCUCGGUAUCGACGGAUUCUUCUAGCAUGACAACGACAUCGACGAUUUUUUCACUGGCCGCCUCAAACAUACCAUUGGCAAUGGCAACAUCGGCGCUGUCGACGGUGGAACCAAUCGAACCUCCACAGGAGGAAACAAACGAUUCCGAUAGCAUCACCACCAAAGUUUCGCUGUCAGAUUCUAGGAACAUCAUGAAACUGAAAAUCAAGGGACCACUAGCUCAAUUAGAUAACAGUUCAUCAUCGUCCACGGCGACGCUACAGCAAUCCAGUGUGAUGGAAUCUAGCCUGAAUGCGCUGCCAAUAAUGACAACUCCGAUGACGGUGAAUGUUGGCGCAGGAUCGUCCAACUUGAGGCGCAUGCGGAAGAAGGAACUGCUGCGCCAGUACUGGACCCAGGAUAUGAAUCACGACGAUCAGACCGGGUUGCAGGUGGUGGACCAGAGUGCGAAUAUGUCGUUGAACACAUCCAUCUGCCGGACGGUCGGCAUACCGAAAGCGGUUGAUUCGCUGUGUACAAUACCCACCAAGGAUGACUACAAAGACUAUGGUGGAGUGGAUUUCAAGAAACGAAGGAAGCUAUCGUCGAACAUGUCUCGGGAGUUGAGGGGAUUGGUACCGAUGGAGCACGAGAUAAUAGAAAGGAGAAGAAGCGUCGGAUCCACCGGAAGUAACGGUUCGGCGAGUAAUUCUGCUGCCGAUGUUGCGCCAGGGGCGAAGCGAAGAUCUCGGGCCAAUCGUACGGCAACCGUCACAUCCGUUAAUCAGCCGCAGGCGGCUCCCAAGCUGAAGAUCAAGAUCGGUUCAGAUGUGGUGGAAGCAUCAGGCGCAUACAGUGAUCGUAUUCGGCCACCCAAGAAACGAUUGGCCACAAUGGCUCCUCCCAGUCUUGAAGAUCUACGCCGGGACGCGAUGAUGUACGCCGAGCAAAUGAUGUUCGACGAUGAGGAAGAUGUGCGGAAGGCGAAGAAACACAAAAACAAAGACAAAGAUCGCGAUCGAGAGCACAAAAAGCGCAAAAAGGAAAAGAAACACAAGAAAGAUCGGGGCGAGAAGAUGGAAAAGGUGGAAAUUAUUAACAAAUCGGAAGAUGCUCCUCGGAUAGUGAUAAGGCUUGGAGUGAAGAAACCAGCAGCAGACGAAAGCAGCAUGCAGAGCAUUCCAAGGCCACCUUCGGGUCCAAGUGGUCACAACUCACCGGAAACAGAUCCACUUGCGCUGGAAAUGAGUGAGCUACACCAUUCGAACGAAAGCAGUAGCUGUAGCAGUAGUGCUGUUACGAAACCAAUGAUAACACCGAUUCGGCUGAAAUUGAAUCGGGGCUCUGCCGGUUCUUCCGCUUAUGUUAUGUCUGGCAAAUCAAAGGCAUCGGCGGCGAACGACCCGCAGCAGCAAGGUAAACCGCUUCUCGAGAAUUGUGAAGAGACCAAAACAUUGAACAUAGUUCUACCGAAACUUGAUAUUCCAUUGAAUACGGAUUCGAUAGAAUUGGUAUCAGCAGCAGCAGCGGCAGCGGUAGCAGCAACCCAAGUAGGUGAAAAAUCAUCGGACGCCGCUGUCAUCAAUGAGCUGAAUUGUUCCGUUAUGCCAUCCGGAAUGGAUAUUUUUCCCAUUGCUACGGACCUGAUACGAGGAGGAGGCCAUACGGAAUUUCCAGAUCCGCCGCCGCCGCCGCCCCAGCAUAGGCCAAUUGAGAUGGGUGCAAUGUCUUCGUUUUCUUCUUCCAGCUCUACCAUGUCUUUCAACAAUUUUGCAAGUGGUGCAAGUGCGUUUAAUCCGUUUGGGGGGUCCUCUUUACAACAGCAUCAUCAGUCACAAUCAUUCCCACAGCAGCAGCUGCAGCAGCAGCAACCGCAGCAGUCACAGCAACAACAGUCGCAACAGCAGCACGAGCUGAAUGCUGCUGCCGCUGUGAAAGAUUGUGAAGUGAGAUGACGAUUCAUGUAAAUAGACGUGUAAAUGUUUCACUGUUGUGCAAAACUCUCCAGUCAGAAUGUGUAUAUUCGUUUUUUUGCUUCCUGUUGGUACUACUAUUAUUAAUAUUAUUAUUAUUUUGUUUUAAUUUUAAAAUCUUUGAAAGAAUCGUCCGAACGCGAAAUAUGGUAUCGUGAAGGGAAAUAUUUUCUCGCGACUUUAAAAUGUAGCUUUUCAAUUUCCUCUACCUAAGUUAUUUGUAAGAGAGAGAGAGAGCGAGAUAGAGAGUCGGUACAUAAAAGUUUAUUCUGUUUUAGUAGUUUAUUAGUUUAAGCAUAAAACAUUUGUUCAAAUUCAAACACAAUUUAUCACAUAAGAGAAAGCUAAGCUAAACAAUGUACAUAGUAGGGAAGUAAACAAAAAAGUUUUAAUUGUAACGUAACAAAAUAUUUAACAUCAAAGCAGACAAAAAAAAGAGAUGGUGUAAACCCAUUAAAAAUUAUGAAAGGCAACUUAGCUAAAGCAAAUGAAUAAUAAAGAACAAAACAAAUGAAAAAAAUACUAAUUAAACAAGCUAACAAAAAUCUUAUCGUAGUUUGUAGGAAAAAGUAAUAAAGAUGAAAGAAUGUGAAUAAAA